UUUCCCCAGCGUCGGGAGCUGCUAACAAGUGCCAGGCUGGAAGUGGCUUGGGAGAGCAGGGGGGACCAGUAGGAGUUGAAGAGAAAUUAGUUGGGCUUCAAACACUUUCACUCAUCAGCAUCAUUCCUCCCCCGAUUCCUGCCAAACCUCAGCUGGGGUAAUUGCACUUAAGAAUGAACAUUGAAGACAAGCUGGGAGGAUUAUUUCUUAAAUGUGGUGGCAUAGACCAGAUGCAGUCAUCCAGGGCUAUGGUAGGGAUGGGUGCAGUAUCUGACCAGUCUGGAGUAUCGAGAGAACGGCAAGAGGCAGUGCUUCAAGAUCGGACUAUGCCGCACCAAGAAAUUCUUGCAACAGAUGAAGUGUUACAGGAAAGUGAACUUCGGCAGCAAGAGAUGAUUUCACAUGAUGAACUCAUGGUCCAUGAGGAGACGGUAAAAAAUGAUGAUGAAAUGGAUGCUCAAGAUAGACUUCCUCAAGGGCUGCAGUAUGCUGUUAAUGUCCCUAUCAGUGUAAAGCAAGAAAUUACCUUUACUGAUGCAUCUGAACAACAGAAACGAGACAAAAAACAAAUACGAGAGCCAGUAGAUUUGCAGAAAAAGAAGAAAAGAAAACAGCGUUCACCAGCAAAAAUCCUUACAAUAAAUGAGGAUGGAUCACUUGGUCUGAAAACCCACAAAUCUCAUGUUUGUGAGCAUUGCAAUGCUGCCUUUAGAACCAACUACCAUUUACAGAGACAUGUCUUCAUUCAUACAGGUGAAAAACCAUUUCAGUGCAGUCAGUGCGACAUGCGUUUCAUACAGAAGUACCUGCUACAGAGGCAUGAGAAGAUUCAUACUGGUGAAAAGCCAUUUCGUUGUGAUGAAUGUGGUAUGAGGUUUAUUCAGAAGUAUCACAUGGAAAGGCACAAAAGAACUCACAGUGGAGAGAAGCCUUACCAGUGUGAAUAUUGUUUGCAGUAUUUCUCCAGGACCGAUCGUGUGCUGAAACACAAACGUAUGUGCCAUGAGAACCGCGAGAAGAAACCCAACAGAAGUGCCACCAAAGUUGGCUUUUUGCCAUCGGAGGAAGAUUCUGGUUUCUCUACGCCUCUGAAAGACAGCUCCUUGCCAAAGAAGAAAAGGCAGAAAACAGAGAAAACAAAAUCUGGGGAUAAGGAAAGUACAGAUAAAUCAGAACACAAGAAGGACAAAAAUGACUAUUUGCCUUUGUACUCUUCUAGUACUAAAGUAAAAGAUGAAUACAUGGUAGCAGAAUAUGCUGUGGAGAUGCCACAUUCUUCGGUCGGUGGAUCGCACUUAGAGGAAGCAAAUUCUGGAGAAAUACACCCACCGAAGCUCGUUCUCAAGAAGGUCAACAAGAGGAGUCUAAAGCAGCCACUUGAGCAAAGUCAAACCAUUUCACCUUUAUCCACGUAUGAAGACAGCAAAGUUUCAAAGUAUGCCUUCGAUCUUGUGGAUAAGCAAAGUUUACUGGACUCUGAAGGUAAUGCUGACAUUGAUCAAGUCGACACAUUACAGGAAGGGCCCAGUAAACCUGUACACAGCAGCACUAAUUAUGAUGAUGCAAUGCAGUUUUUAAAGAAAAAGAGGUAUCUACAAGCAGCUAGUAACAACAGUCGAGAAUAUGCCUUGAAUGUAAGUACCAUAGCAUCUCAACCUUCAGUAACGCAGGCAGCUGUGGCCAGUGUCAUUGAUGAAACUGCUACAGCCUCAAUACUAGACACACAGGCACUGAAUGUUGAAAUUAAAGGUAACCAUGACAAAAAUGUCAUUCCAGAUGAGGUACUGCAAACUCUGUUAGAUCAUUAUUCACACAAGGCUAAUGGACAGCAUGAGAUCUCUUUCAGUGUGGCUGACACGGAAGUGACCUCCAGUAUAUCCAUCAAUUCCGCUGAAGUAUCUGAGGUGACCCAAUCUGAGUCGGUUGGAACCAGCUCUCAGGCUUCCUCAUCAGAUAAAGCUAGUAUGUUACAAGAAUAUUCAAAGUUUUUACAACAAGCUUUGGACAGAACUAGCCAAAAUGAUGCCUAUUUGAACAACCCGAGCCUUAAUUUUGUGACUGAUAACCAGACUCUUACAACCCAGCCAGCAUUUCCUUCCAUGGAGAAGGUCUACACGUCUAUACCCGUCAAUAGCUUUCGGUCGGGAAUGAACUCUCCAUUAAGAACAACUCCAGACAAGUCUCACUUUGGACUAAUGGUUGGUGAUUCUCAGCACCCUUUUCCCUUUUCAGGUGAUGAGGCAAAUCAUUCUUCUUCCUCCUCUACACAGGACUUCUUGGAUCAAGUAACUUCUCAGAAGAAAGCAGAGGCACAGUCUGUUCAUCAAGCAUAUCAAAUUAGCUCCUUUGAGCAGCCCUUUAGAGCUCAGUACCAUGGGGCAAGAGCUGGAAUAUCCUCUCAGUUUAGCACUGCCAAUGGACAGGUGAACCUUCGGGGACCAGGGACAAGUGCUGAUUUCCCAGAAUUUCCCUUGGUGAAUGUAAAUGAUAGCAGAGCUGGGAUGACUUCUUCACCUGAUGCCACAACGGGCCAGACUUUUGGCUAAGAAAUCUUUGUAAAUAAUACUGGCACUUUAGAACACAUUUGUCAAAAGGGGGUUGCUCUGUAUAAGAUGGAGUUCUGUACAGCUUUUAAGAGCGCUAUGUUAAAACAAAAGUAAGCUGAUAUUAGCAAGACCAAUAACUGCUUCUUUUUUUUUUUUUUUUAAAUUUUUCGUUAGCCAUCAGUCAUUGAACUGCCUGAUGUUGGUGCCCCUAUCAAAGGCAGUUUAUUAUUCACUUGUUUGAAUCCAGAAAAUAUUUUACCUUCUAUGAAAUUUUAAAAUAAAAUCCCCAGGUAAGACUUUCCCCCAUGAUUGUUUCCUUGCUGGUUUCCUUGUAUGCUUUGGGAGACAGUUUAUUGUCUGAUACUAUUUACAUUGUCAUUUCUGAGCUUGUCAGCAUAGUCAUUGCUCUUCAGCAGGGAAUCAACGUGUACUAAACACACAGAACAAACAAGUAAGUUUCAGAAGUCAAACAAAUAUGGCUUUAAAACAAACAUUUUCUAGAAAAAUCUUCAGUCUCUCCCAAGAUAAUUUUAGACCAUGUGCCCUUUAUUUCUGCUUUGCAUUACCUUGAGUUGUGUUUGGAGGGAAAGAAAGUGAAUUCUGAUAGACUAACUCUACUAUUUAAAAUUCUUAUUAAUUUAAAAUACUUUAAACACUUUUUUAAGCAAAAUGCCUAACUGCUAAAGCCUUUACUUCAUUCCCGAAGUAAUGUGUAUUUCUUUGUACAGCUGAAUCUAGAUGUAACUUUUUAAUGACUUUUUCAUAUGCAGAAACCAAGAUUUUGAAAUUUUAGUUAAAAUACUCUGUAGAUGACAUUCCCAAUUGCAAAUGCUUACACAAACAGUGUAUUCCAAGAUUUAAAAGCUUAAUUGUACCUUACCCUACGUAUUCAUAACGAUUAACAUAGAGCACUUAGCCAACUUUAUAGUUUUUGAUUUCUCAAAAAAUAAAACCAUUUUUAGAUGUUUAGGUUUGAUACGGUUGCGUCAUUUUCAUCUCAUACAGCAGCUCCAGUAAUUCUUUUCAAUAUACUUGAGACUGGGUAUUUUUAGCUUCUGUAAAAACUGUUUUAAUUCUCUGUCUAGAAUUUUGACAAUUUCAAUUAUUAAAUUUAUUGAAGUAUCCCUGAAAGCUGAAGAAGUGGGCAUUCAAAUUCCCCAUUUUUUAGUGUUUGCUUAGUAAAAGUCACUACAAUUUUACCCACCUAAACUGGUGAAUGAUGCUAGUGAACAGGAUUUCUUUUUCCAGCCUAGGAGAGUGAUGAGAAGUUUUCAUUGCAUUUCACAGUAUAAAUAAACUGCAAAGUUUAUCCCUGUACCAUGAAUAUGUUUUUUUGAAUAGUACUUUGUCUUGAAGUAUACAGUAUGGUACGAUAAGUAGUUCUGUGUGCAUUUUUAAGGUGGUAAGAUUUCAAUAGCCUAACUAUUGUGUAGUUUAAGUUAACAAAUUUCAGAUUUUUGAACUGUAUGUUCAUUCUAUUGCACCUUCCCUAAAGGGACACUGUCUGGUAGUUCAAGGCAGUUUAAGCCUCAUGUAGGCUGAUUAACCAGGGAAAAUCACACACACAAACACACACACACACACACACACGUGUGUAUAUGGUGGUUUUUUAAAUAGAAUUUCAUCCAGGUUUUUAGAGCACUGUUGCUAGCUGGUGUCUCUCAGACAAAGCCAUCAGGUAGGAGAAAAGGCUGCAUCUCAAGGGGCUAAAAUAUAUCCUGUCUUUUAAGAAAGGACUUGAGCAGGACCUAGAACGGUUCCCACCUCUUACCAAAGCAGUAGCAAUAUUUUUCUGAAUUUUGAUUACCAGGAAAAUGAUCCCACUUUGUCUUUUCCCUUAUGGUAGCACUACUACAGCACUAACUUCACUUGGUACAGUUGAGGGAGAAAGGGCAUUUAUUAUCCAUAGCCUGCUUCUUCUAUUGGCAAGAAUACAGUUUAUAUAAACUAAUUUCUUAAUACUUUUGUAUAAGAAAGCAGGCUUUUUUGAUUUGUUGACUCUGUGUGUAAAACAGUAAGGCAUUUCAGCGUGCUAUGACUUACCAGUGAUUUUUUCUGAAUAUUUGGCCACGACUUGAAAAGAGUGGGCAUCAUGGGAGAAAAGUAAAUUCUUUAUGGGUUAUUAAUGAUACAUGUAAAAAAUUUCUUUGAAAGAAUAUUUUUAAACUGAUCCACGGUCUCUCUGUUUUUCUUCCUUUAUGGUCAGUUUGGUUUUUUGACUUUCCAUUCUGUAUUGCACAGAAAUAACAAAAAGUGUCCUGAUAUCCCAGGAAACCACCUCUUGUAAGGCAUACUUUGUUUUCAGUGUUCAUUUCCAUGACAUCUUAGCUUGCAGUGCCUGAAUAACACUACGUUGGCAUUUUUGUUCCUAUGCCCUGAUGUUACAAGGAGAUGGCAAUUGUACUAUUCGUUAAAUAUAGCAAGGAACAAAA